AUGUGUCGUUGGCGUAUGUGGCUGGUUUCGAAAUAUUGUAAAGCGUCUACCUUCGUAUUUUUAUCUUUUCUACUCAUACUGAUUUGUAGCUUUAUGGUUUAUUCAUUUUCCCCUUACGUGCUUAUCAGCGAUAGAAUUCCUAAACCCGACGAAAGGCUCGGGAAUUUGAAGGAAGGUGAAAAUGCUACCAUUGAAGCUAGCAACUGCUCGGAAACUACGGAUAUAUUGCCAGAUUUCAUCGAGUGCAUAAGGGGAACAUUGCUCUACUCUGCGUGGUUUGAUGAUCGACACGCUCAAAAUUAUAUCCAGGUAUUGUUAAUGACUUCACGUAGGAACCAACCACCGCCUCUCUUAUGUCGUUUCCAAAAUGGGCCAACUUCUACUAUCUCUGUAGGGGCUGUUGCUCCGUAUUAUGAAAUCAACAAACGAUACAGCAACAAACGUUAUGGUCUCUUCGUGGCGUCCUGCAUUCUUUCGAAAGAUUUGGUCGGCAUACCGAAUUUUGUGAACAUCUCGAUAGCUAACGAAUGUACGGUUGUGUUACCUGUGGGAAACACAAGAAACACAUCUUACAAGAGAGAUUACGGAAUUUGCAUUCCUCCGAUGUUUGGAAAUAUUCGAGUCGCCGAGGUAGUCGAGUUUCUGGAAAUGUCGCAACUUUUAGGAGCGUCAUAUUUUACGUUUUAUGACUACAGUAUCUCUGACAGCGUGAGGAAAAUGCUUAGUUACUACGAAAGAAAAGGGGUAGCAGAAGUUCUUCCUUGGACUUUACCCACCUAUAUCACAGACCAAGAUGUCCAUUACUAUGGGCAAAUUUUUGCCAUGCAAGACUGUUUGUUCCGAUCAAUAAAUCGUCUCAACUUCGUUGCGUUCAACGAUUUAGACGAGUUUAUAACCCCGCUUCAGGAUGAAAGCAUGCCUUCUCUACUUUACAGUAUCCACAACUCUAACUAUUGCGGCCACUGUUUUUCAAGCGCACGAUUUCCCACUGUAGAUAGCUUGACUCAAAACUAUUCUCUUUUCACUCAAAACGUUCUACGUCGUUCACCUAAAGCUGAUUCGUCACACACCAAAUGCGUUGAUGAUCCACAAAGAGUGUUUGAACAUGGAGUACAUCUUAUCAUGCAACCAUUCGAAGGCUACAAAACUAACCAUGUGAACUGGAACAAAGCUAGAGUUUUCCAUUACAGAAAAUGUCAACCUCCAUGUAACUCGGGCGCUGAUAUGGCAGUAGAUACAACCAUGCAUAAAUACGGCGAGCAAUUGAGAAAGAAUGUGAUUUCAAGCUUCGUUAAGUCUAAGGUCUUUAAUAAUUCACAACCCUACAUAGAAAUCGUGAGAACUCGUUAAGGUAGAGAAUGAAUCGUUUUCAUUUCUACUGAAGAGUCAAUUAGUUUGUGAACCUGGGUAGUAUAAUUGGAGUUAAUAAAAAUUAACCAAGCGCUUAAAACAUUACGGUGGGUGAACCGUUUAACACAGGCCGAGCUGUAUUGUAUUUUGUAUUUUAUUUUUACUCCAUCCUAUAGAUAAUACAUUAGUUGUACAAUAUCAAUAAGUACAAGGUUGAUUAAACUACGUGUAGAUAAUAAAAAAAAACAAAGUUAGAAAUGAGAAGGGCACAUUAUAGUAAACUAAUAAUUAUGGCCCUUUAACAGGAUUGAUUUUAUUCUAAUAUAGCUUUGUUAUUCAUUAAAACACAAACACGAACGCACACACACGCGCACAGAAGUCAAUAUUAAGCAAGAUAAUAUUUUUUAAGUGCCUUUUUGAAAUUUUCGAUGAUUUAUUGCGAAUAGAAAGGGGGAGAUCGUUCCAUAUUCAAAUAAAAGACACCAACACGAGAAACUAAAUUACUUAAACACACAAAAAAACUAUCCAGCUUCAAAAGACGCGGCCAUCAUCAUCGCUGGCCGCUGAUGGUACAGAAAUACAGCUGGUGUAUUUCUAGAUCAUGCAAAGGCAUCUGAUAUGGUAAACCAUAAGAUUCUGCAAGAAAAGCUUGAACAUCAUGGAAUUAGAGGUGUAGGGAUUACCUUACUAACAGAAAGCAAAUUUUAAAAUACAAAUCAGGCAACUCAGACAGUUUAACAAUUAAAUGUGGGUACCACGGGGAUCAGUGCUAGGACCACUCCUUUUUCUUAUUUAUAUCAAUGACAAUUAUGAAAGCUCCAGGAUUUUAUCAUUUAUUUUUUUUGGCAGAUAACACAAAUUUAUUUCAUAGUCACUGUGGUAAAAACCUAAAUAAUCUGCUCAACACAAUUGAUAAGAUUAAAUGAAACAAUUGAUAGGAUUAAAUGAAAUUACCCUGUGGCUUUCAGUCUAUAAAUUAUCUUUGAAUAUAAAUAAAACUCACUUCACAAUAUUUAAGACAAAAAAGAAAAGACAACGAAGGAUAUAUAAUAAUAAUAAUAAUAAUAAUAAUAAUAAUAAUAAUAAUAAUAAUAGUAAUAAUAAUAAAUGUUAUUUAGCCAGGGUUACCUCCUCUUCAGCAUAAAAUGCUGAUAUCAAUGAGGGUCCUGGAAAAAAUCUAUAUAACUAGCCAAAUUUACAGUAACCAAAAAUAUAUUAAAAGUUAAAAAUACAACAAUAUUUAAAAAAACAUUUUAAGCCAAAAUACACAAAUUAAAGUACACUUAAAGCCAAACUGAUAAAAACUUUUCAAGUAACUAAAAAGCUUUUGAUCUAUGUAAUGCCAAAAUACGAGUUUUAAAAAUUACAAUUGACGUAAAAUCCUUCAUUACACUUGGAAUAUUAUUAAAAAGUUUCGAUUCAUUAAAAUAAAAAGACUUCCUUGCCGUCUAAGUUCUGACUUUGGGGAGCAGCAAGUUCUGCCUACUUCCCUUCGUUAGUAAGAUGUCUCAUCAGAAAUAUCUUAAACUGGACAGGAAUAAUAGCUAGAGCUAGGCAUUACUUGUCUUGCAAAAGUGCAGUCACUAUCUAUAAUAUAUUGAUUUAGUAUAUACUAAAACAGUGGAUAGUGUUUUUCGCGCGCUCUGAUUGGCUACUCAAUCAGUGAAUAUCCUGCACUAUUCACUGAUUCACCUCCGGUUCCUCCGAGCGAGCGACGCCAAACUCGUGUAGGUUGCGAGCAAAAUGCUUUCCCGGUUUGCUGCCGUAACAAACUAAGAAAUUUCGCAACUAAUCAAGCAAGCUAUUUCCGAAAUACAUGAAGAAGGUGACGAAGUUCGGUUUGGAAGUUUUAACAGGUAAAGCUUUGUCUUUUUGUCUCGAAUAGUUAUCGACAAAACCGGUGAAAAAGUUUUUUGUUUACAAACGCACAUUAAGCUUAAGUCUUGCGUUACUUUAUUUAGUUGACUUGUUCAUAAAUAAGCUUAAAACUAAAUUUAAUAAUCUUUUUUACAGAAUUAUUUUAAAUACAAACAGAAUUCACAACUCCUUUUGAAGAAACUUCAGGAGAGUCCCCGAAUCCCCGGCCGAUCGAUCAACGACUGGUUUCCGCUCACCCGAGUUAAUUUUGCAUGCGAACUUGCCGUGUUUUCUUUUCCUUUUUUUUUUUUUCACUGAUCCGGUGACCGUAAUAGGAGACAUCACUAUUUACAAAACGAAGUAAAAGAAAAGAAGCUUUUGUUUCAAGAACCAAUGCACCUCUGGUUGGCACAUUAAUAUCAGUAGGUGAUGUCAUAGUAGAUAUUGCUAUAAUGGUCAUAAUGCUAACAUGUUUUUCAUUAUAAUACAUAUUUAAGAAAAUAAUUGGUCAAUAAACAAAUUGGCGCCAAAUCCCUAAUGUUUUGUUGCGUGACAGUUUAUAGUUUUUUUUUAAGGACACGUUUAGCAUGAAGUGGGAUCGGUUGUUUCUUACUGACACUUUUAGUACCGUUUUUAUGGGCUUAAUGUAUCUGUUGACACUGGAAUCCUGA